CCCUCACCGCUAAAGCGGUAAACAAAAAGGAGAAAAUUUGUAGAGAGAGAAUCAGUGUAGUGAUCGGGAAGAAAGUAAAGAUUGUUUCUUUGCUAUGAAGUAGGAUUCGGGAGGCUCAGGUUGAGUUGUCCUAGGUAAUUUUGAUCCUCUUUACAGUCUUCCUUCUUGCUCUGGCUCUGUUCUCUGACAUAGACGCCCGGAGUAGUAUCGAAUGAAGAAAGCGAGCACAGUCACUUUUCCAUCAAAACCCUUAUGGGUUCUUCCCUAUCGAACCCAGAACCUUUCUGACCUUUACACAUUGGGAAGGAAGUUGGGUCAGGGUCAAUUUGGCACCACCUUCCUUUGCGCAGAAAAGUCCACUGGUCGUACAUAUGCGUGCAAGUCAAUCCCUAAGCGUAAGCUAAUCUGCCAAGAGGAUUACGACGACGUUUGGAGGGAGAUUCAGAUCAUGCACCAUUUGUCCGAGAAUCCCCACGUCGUCAGAAUCCAUGGCACUUACGAGGACUCCUCCUCUGUUCACUUGGUCAUGGAGCUCUGCGAAGGCGGAGAGUUGUUUGACAGGAUAGUACAGAAAGGGCAUUACAGUGAGAGGCAAGCAGCUUCGUUGAUCAGGACCAUUGUUGAGGUUGUCCAAGCUUGUCAUUCUCUUGGGGUCAUGCAUAGAGACCUCAAGCCAGAGAACUUCUUGUUUGAUAGCGUCGAAGAGGAUGCUAAACUUAAAGCCACUGAUUUCGGAUUGUCUGUUUUCUACAAGCCAGGCGAAACCUUUUCUGAUGUUGUUGGGAGCCCAUACUAUGUUGCACCAGAGGUGUUACGCAAGCAUUAUGGACCCGAGUCAGAUGUGUGGAGUGCUGGGGUUAUUUUGUACAUCUUAUUAAGUGGUGUGCCGCCUUUCUGGGCUGAAAGUGAAAUAGGGAUCUUCCGACAGAUUUUACAAGGAAAGCUUGAUUUUCAGUCGGAACCAUGGCCUAACAUCUCAGAAAGUGCUAAGGAUCUAAUUAGAAAAAUGCUUGAUCAAAAUCCGAAAAAGAGGCUUACAGCCUAUGAAGUACUUAGCCACCCAUGGAUCGUUGAUGACAAUAUUGCACCUGAUAAACCCCUUGACUCUGCUGUUUUAUCACGCCUGAAACAGUUCUCUGCAAUGAAUAAGCUUAAAAAGAUGGCUUUACGUGUUAUUGCUGAGAGGCUCUCUGAGGAAGAAAUUGGCGGAUUGAAGGAGUUAUUCAAGAUGAUAGACACAGACAACAGCGGGACCAUAACUUUUGAUGAGUUAAAAGAUGGUUUAAAGCGAGUGGGGUCUGAACUUAUGGAGUCUGAAAUCAGGGAUCUUAUGGAAGCGGCGGAUAUUGACAAUAGCGGAACAAUUGACUACGGUGAAUUCAUUGCUGCGACCAUCCACUUAAAUAAGCUGGAAAGAGAGGAAAACCUGUUGUCAGCUUUCUCAUAUUUUGAUAAAGACGGUAGUGGUUACAUAACCAUUGAUGAGAUUCAACAAGCCUGUAAGGAAUUUGGCUUAGGCGAUGUCCAUAUUGAUGAAAUGAUUAAAGAAAUUGAUCAAGACAAUGAUGGACAAAUAGAUUAUGCGGAAUUCGCUGCAAUGAUGAGGAUGGGUAAUGGAGGGAUUGGAAGGCGAACCAUGAGAAACACACUAAAUUUCAGGGAUGCUCUGGGAUUGAUAGGCACCGGCUCUAGUGACAUCGUGAAUGGUUAGCUUAGGGGGAAAUUAGUUGGUAUUUAUAUAUUUUGGAAAGAACACUUAAGGUGUAAAUUUCAACUAUGACCAAAUUUUGUGUUAGUUGAAAAAACUCAUCAUUUGAAUUA